CUCUUCAUCAUUCUGAAACACUAUAUAUACAUAGCUACUGAAUUAAUCAAAUUAAAGGUCGGAAGAACUUGGAAGGAAGAUGGAUCACAGCGCGGAUGCUCAACGCACGGAUCUCAUGACAAUAACGCGAUUCGUGUUGAACGAGCAGUCGAAGCACCCUGACUCUCGCGGUGACUUCUCCAUUCUGCUUAGCCACAUUGUUCUUGGCUGCAAGUUUGUGUGCUCUGCUGUCAGCAAGGCUGGUCUUGCAAAGCUUAUUGGACUCGCCGGAGACACCAACGUUCAGGGUGAAGAGCAAAAGAAGCUCGAUGUGCUUUCCAAUGAUGUAUUCGUCAAGGCUUUGGUUAGCAGCGGCCGCACGAGCAUCUUGGUGUCUGAAGAAGAUGAGCAAGCAACUAUCGUCGAGCCUUCCAAGCGUGGAAAAUACUGUGUUGUUUUUGACCCGCUAGAUGGUUCCUCCAACAUUGAUUGUGGUGUUUCUAUUGGCACGAUAUUUGGGAUCUAUAUGCUGAAAGAUGAGCACGAACCAACCUUACAAGACGUUCUUCAACCUGGCAAGAACAUGUUGGCAGCUGGUUAUUGUAUGUAUGGUAGCUCUUGCACGCUUGUUAUAAGCACUGGAAAUGGUGUUAACGGUUUUACCCUAGAUCCAUCACUUGGAGAAUUCAUUCUAACUCACCCUGAUAUUAAGAUCCCAAAGAAAGGCAAGAUCUACUCUGUGAAUGAAGGGAAUGCAAAAAAUUGGGACGCUGCCACAACCAAAUAUGUGGAGAAAUGCAAGUUUCCAAAGGAUGGUUCGUCACCAAAAUCUCUAAGAUACAUUGGAAGCAUGGUAGCCGAUGUUCAUCGCACCCUGUUGUAUGGAGGUAUCUUUUUGUACCCUGGUGAUAAAAAGAGUCCAAAUGGAAAACUACGUGUGCUAUAUGAAGUUUUCCCAAUGUCAUUCUUGCUAGAACAGGCAGGAGGCCAAGCUUUCACCGGCAAGCAACGGGCACUUGAUUUGGUUCCAAACAAAUUGCAUGAGCGAUCUCCAAUAUUCCUUGGUAGCUUCGAUGAUGUUGAGGAUAUCAAAGCUCUUUAUGCUGCUGAGUCUCAGGGCUAAGAAAUGCUCCUAUAACCCAUUUGUAUCUCUCCCACUACUUAUUAAAACCAAUUGUUAAUAUGUAUCAUCACCUCAUGUAUAUUUUAUUUUAAGCAUACUUUUCAUAAUAUUUCUGCUACUAUGAUAGAUUUUAUUGAUGGUUUAA